UGUAAGAGUCUGUUGUAUGGCUCGAUAGUGGUAAAAUUCGGCUCUAGCUGAAUAACGACACUGAGAAAUACGAAAAAUGGUAGACGAAAAAAUCGGAUUUUUCCAUAAAUCUURCGGAAAAAGUGAUUUAUCAAGCAAACCACAUUCAUUUACUGUAGAAGACCUCGACAGAGAAAGGAAGCCUGACCAUUAGUAAAAAAGUCACUGUCACGACUGUCACUAAUUGGCAGUGACUUUUUAGAGAGAGUGAAGCGUUGCGKGACGACACUAAUAGCGGCUGCGUAGGAGACUAAGCAUGUGCCUGCUUAUGUGCUAUCUCKGCGAGACACGAAAGAGGGGACUCGAGGUUGCCACUGAAUAACAUUGGAUAAGCUGUUCAGUCUGAUCAAAGUUAUACCCACUGAAAUUGGUUCAAGCUUACAUUUACAAAGCCCGGAUUUAUUAAAGGUUAGAUGUCGUUUCUGUUCUGAGAAGUAAACUGGAUGCUCCUGGGAAGUAAGAAAGGUCAGCUACAGCCUCAUAUACUGUCGGUAAUUUAGGCGUGUAUUCAUUUUCGUAAGGGAACUCAGCCUUACCAAGACUGAAGUUGGUGGUCGUAUUUUGAGGAWAGACUGAGUUAGUCUGGAUGUAUUGCGUUUAAGAUCAACUCCGCGAACAACUCCGAUUGAGAAUGGCACGAUAUACGAAACAAACAACAAGAAUUUCAGUUAUUAUUAUUCAUUAUCUCAAUAUCUUUGCCAUAGUAGCAGUAGUGAGURUCGGGUAUCUCCCUUUCAUCCAAACAAUUCUACGAUAUAAUAGAGGGAAAGAAUUUCCAACACCACUGGAGCCUGCUUGUCAGAAUAAGUGUGCAGUUAGUGUUCCCCGUUCGUCUGUUGACAAAUUUGACUCCUUCUCUUUACGCUCGACGCAAGUAUUGUUUGUACAUUUUUCUGGUUACAAUUUAUCGCUUGAGCCUUCAGAUAAAUCUGAUAUUUUAAACCCUCUGAACUUGGUUUGGGUUGAUAGUAUCGAAGCACCAUUCUUGUCCUUGGAUUUGGGCUUUAAUGUUUAUUCUUUAACGACUUUAUCAAGAAUUAUACAUCAUAUGACAGUCACGGURGAGGUCGAGCCGAUCAAUUGCUUGCGGAACAUGAGCCACAGUUGUAUAACAGCGAAUUUGGCCAGAGCCUUUCUGGGUAACGUAACUAAAGAAAGCGGCGUGCUAUGUUACGCCGUUAAUGACUCUAAUACAGUGAAUUACAGAUGCUGCAAAGGAAAGGUUGAAACACAAGAAGUUGAAUGUGACAUUCCUGCUGUUCUUGGCCCGGAAAUGGCUAUCAUUUUCACAGCGGUAGCAAUUGCAGCUUUCAUCGCUCUCUUGUGUUUUCCCGCUCUUUCCAAURUUGUCCCGGAUAAAAAGAACUCGGAAACCUUGUAUGCCAACAGUCAAGUCCACAAUCCUCUUUACCAUUUUAUAAUCUCUAUCGUUCAAGCACUUCGACAUUAUUCAACUAAAUAUUACUGUGUAAACGUGAUAAGAAAACUCCUUAUUGUUUUCGCCCUGCCGACGUUGUAUUAUAUUGACUUAGGCCUCCAAUACUACACCAAAACCUACGACAUACCUAAGAUGUUUAACGAAUAUGUUAAAAAACUAUGGGUUUUUUCUAAAAAUAGAAGUGUUUCUUUCUUGUUUGUGAUCUUAGUCUAUUAUGGUGUAGUCUUAUUGGCUUCUUUUCUUCCACGAACUGAAAACCUGAAGUGUUCAUCAGAGUCAUUACAGUCUCUUCUCGAGAAAGAAAAAGAUAUUAAGAUAAAUUGGUUGGAACCAUUCCUUUGGAUCAAAGACUUUUUCUGUUGGCUAAAGUCCCUAUUUGGAAAAGCAACAGAUAGUGAAAGGUCAUUCUUUUCAAGGCUUGCUGCUCUCCUUGGCAGCUUUGUUCUGAUGUUGCUUUCCCCGGUUGUAAUUGUAUUCAUUUYCAUUUCUUAUAUCGCGUAUGUAUCACCAUUAGGCAAAAUGAUGCGCUCCUUAGUCUAUCAUGCUUCUUAUUAUUACUUAUGGAUUUUUGAGUGUGAUGACAGAAGUUCUGGUGAUGUUCAUAUAUGUUUUUAUUAUGUUAUUAUUUUUUCUCUUUGUGUUGCUGCUAUUGUUGUUGCAGCUAUUGUUGUUGCAGCUAUUGUUGUGCUUCUUUUUUUCUGUUUAGUUUUGGCAUUUGGAGUAAUAUUCGAAAGCUCAUUGCUGUUAUUUACAAACUUGAUUGUGUAUGUUUGGAUGGGGCUUGUUGCCAGCAAAGAUUACUAUUUUCCACGCAUUGCAGUUUUUGCUGUUUUUGUGUACUAMUCUUGGAACUGUCUGAGCUCUGUGAAAAGUAGAUACCAAAUUCUACUUGAACAAACGUUCAAAAAGUGUAAAAAGCAUCAAGAAAAACAGCCCAAUGGAAGGAAAGCGUUGACAUUUGACGAGGAAGGGGUGCCAAGAAUUUCCCCUGAACUUUUUCAGCAUGUUAUAGAUAGGAUUUUACCAAGGMGUGUUGUGUACACCAAUAUGAUCCUAAAACUAACUAUCAUUAUUUUGUUCCUGUGUUUGACCUUUUCGUCAAUUCUGAUUUACGGAAGAUCCAAUUUAGAUGAGUCAACUAAAGCACUGGCCGUCUUUCUGACUGGACUUGUGCCUAAAAUGGUCGAGGUAUUUGGCGAAGGGAGUUCCUGCCGGCAUUUGUGGGAAGUGGAAAACGCUUGCCGUGUUGAGAAAAUCGUAAAAGAUUUCUUGAAUCAAAGUGAUGAUGACAAUUCUGACAACGGGAUAACGAUGAAUCAUGAUGAGGAACAACCAUCUUCGAAAGCUUCUCGUGGUCAAGCUCCUACRACAAACAUUAAUAAACACGAUCAACCCAGUUUGGCGGAGUGUCCCAUACCCAAACCGGUCCAUUCUAACAUCAAAAGUAAAAAAACAAGCGAAGGUAAUGGUAGUAGAGAGAARAACUUGCUGGUCGUACAGGCUGAUGUUAAUCCGAGAGUGCAAAGUAUAAACAGCUCUGAAAGUGAUGGUCCAAGUACUGAAAGAACCCCGUUACUUCUGGGACAGCGGGACAGCGGGACAGCGGGACAGCGGGACAGCGGGACAGCGGGAAUGGAAUCGCCUAAUGCAAGACUAUAGCUUAUCUUUUUGUAUCAAUCCUGAAUUUUGUGAACAUGUUAUGCUUCCAUGAUAUACUGUAUAAUGCUGAGUACACCUUCAGAUGGCUGCAAUGCUUCCAGGGAAGGUUUGGAGUCGUUUGAUCUCAACUUGAUCAGCGAGGUAUGGCCGUUUGAAUUUCAGCACAUGUCUCAAACCUUUAACACGAAGUAUAAGGUUGGCAAAGCAACUAAAGGCCCAGUCGACUCAAUUCGAAACCAAAUAUAUCGCUCCAGCUCGAAUCCAUGCAUGAACAUUUUUUUCUACCAGAACCUGUUUCUCCGAAAAUUUCCAUUAUUAACUUUCAUGGUGUUUUUGCUUGGUUAUUUUGGUCUCAAUAUUGCUGAUUUAUAAUCCCUCCACGCCAUCCAUUAACAGCAUAGGCACAGAACUUUGACAAUCAGCAGUGUCCCGAUACCCGGGAUCUUUGACGAGAUGAUUUGCUUCUUCGGUUUCCAAUCCGGAGGACUUUUUACAGGGUGAAAGGAGUCUGGAGCGAGGACAUUGGAAUAUAAAUAUUGUCCCGUUGACGGGGUCAUUUGCUCUGUUUUACUGGCAGAUUCAUCCAAGUCCCCACCUGUGCCCGAGUUAGGGGGCGGGGAUUUACAUUGACGCUUGGUGUAAGCUCAUGAAAUUAUCACGCCAAAAGAUCGUAGUAGGGAGGGGUACCUUGUAGCUUUUAUUAAACUAUUUUGGAGCCUCUAAAAUACAUAGAAGAUUACAAGUUAUAGCAAUCACUUUUAUAAUUCACUGAUAUCUCAUUUCUUUUUGAAACUAUUAAAGACUUAUUCCACAAUUUAAAUUGUUUUCGAAUUCUCUGGGAUGGAAAAUCAUAGACCUUA